AUGGUUCCGCGAGGGGCGGCGGCGGCGCGAGGAGAGCGCGGCCCCUUUAAGAGCGGCGCCGCCAUGAUCUGCCUGGUGCUGGGGCUCUUCGCCGGCCUCUUCCACAGCGCCCUCGGCGGGGUCAAUGAACGCACCUUCGUGGCCAUCAAACCCGACGGGGUCCAGCGGCACCUGGUGGGGGAGAUCAUCCGGCGCUUCGAGAGGAAGGGGCUGCAGCUUGUGGGGAUGAAGCUCUUGCAGGCCUCAGAGGAGCUGCUGAGGGAGCACUACGUGGCCCUGCGGGACCGGCCCUUCUACGGCCGCCUGGUGAAGUACAUGAGCUCCGGGCCGGUGGUGGCCAUGGUGUGGCAGGGCCUGGACGUGGUGAGGACGGUUCGCAUGAUGAUCGGGGAGACGAACCCGGCCGAGUCCAGGCCUGGCACCAUCCGAGGGGACUUCUGUGUCGAAGUCAGCAAGAAUGUGAUCCAUGGCAGUGACUCAGUGGAGAGUGCCCAGCAGGAGAUCUCCCUGUGGUUCCGCCCGGAGGAGCUCACGUGCUGGGAGGACACAGCCCAGCACUGGAUCUACGAGUGAGGGAAGGACACCUUCCUGAGGGGACACAGGACAUUUCCAUCCAUUGCAUGGCUGUGGAUCCUGCUAUGGGAUUCCUGUUCUGCCUGUGGGGUCCUGGGAGCUGGGCUGUGUCUGGAACAAUGUGCUUCAGCUCCUGCCAAGAGUAACUGUUUCUUUUUUUC